CUGCUGGCGGAGAUCGGGCGCGGCAGUUACGGCGUGGUUUACGAGGCAGUGGCCGGGCGCAGCGGGGCCCGGGUGGCGGUCAAGAAGAUCCGCUGCGAUGCCCCGGAAAACGUGGAGCUGGCGCUGGCGGAGUUCUGGGCUCUGACCAGUCUCAAGCGGCGCCACCAGAACGUGGUGCAGUUUGAAGAGUGCGUCCUGCAGCGCAACGGCCUGGCCCAGCGCAUGAGCCACGGCAACAAGAGCUCGCAGCUUUACCUGCGCCUGGUUGAGACCUCGCUCAAAGGAGAAAGGAUCCUGGGUUAUGCUGAGGAGCCCUGUUAUCUCUGGUUUGUCAUGGAGUUCUGUGAAGGUGGAGACCUGAAUCAGUACGUCCUGUCCCGGAGGCCGGACCCAGCCACCAACAAAAGCUUCAUGCUACAGCUCACAAGCGCCAUUGCCUUCCUGCACAAAAACCACAUCGUGCACAGGGACCUAAAGCCAGACAACAUCCUUAUCACAGAGAGGUCUGGCACCCCCAUCCUCAAGGUGGCAGACUUUGGACUAAGCAAGGUCUGUGCGGGGCUGGCCCCCCGAGGCAAAGAGGGCAAUCAGAACAACAAAAAUGUGAACGUGAAUAAAUACUGGCUGUCCUCAGCCUGUGGCUCAGACUUCUACAUGGCCCCUGAAGUCUGGGAGGGACACUACACAGCCAAGGCUGACAUCUUUGCCCUGGGCAUUAUCAUCUGGGCAAUGAUAGAAAGAAUCACUUUCAUUGACUCUGAGACCAAGAAGGAGCUCCUGGGGACCUAUAUCAAACAGGGGACUGAGAUCGUCCCUGUUGGUGAGGCGCUGCUAGAAAACCCAAAGAUGGAGUUGCACAUCCCCCAGAAACGCAGGACUUCCAUGUCUGAGGGGAUCAAGCAGCUCUUGAAAGAUAUGUUAGCUGCUAACCCACAGGACCGGCCUGAUGCCUUUGAACUUGAAACCAGAAUGGACCAGGUCACAUGUGCUGCUUAAAAUUCAGGGCAAAGCAUCUUGGGUGUUUUUAAACUAGGUUGAUCCUCGGGACCCACAGUCUCAUCAAGUCUCACAGAGGACGGCAGAGGGUACAGGUGGCUCGGCCGGCUGGCGAUCUCCCAGCAGCUGGAGCGCCAGCAAUGUGAAGCUUUGUUUGGGUUUUCCCCCUUCUUCAGUUUCGCUUAAUUUUUUUUUAUUUUAUUUUUUGUCUUUCUCUUUUUUCUUUUUCUUUUUUAUUUAAACAAUUUAAGAUGUCAAAAGAGCAGGAGCUCUGCUGUGGACAGGCACCAGUUUCUUUAAAGAAAUUUAAUAUGGACAAAUAUAUGUAUAAAUUUCCUUUUUCAUUUUUAUAAGGGGUUAGGGAGCUAUUUCAUUUUUGUCCUUUAUUUUCCCUGUCUUUCUUUUACCUGUUUCUCAGUUCUGCCUCUUAACACCUCACUUCUCCCAGAGAGGGCCUGCCUGUCCAUAGAGAUUGUGGGCAUUUCUCCUGGAACGGGGCACGGAGACAGGAGGCCUCUGGCCACCUCUCUACCAGGUGCAGGAACUGCCAGACACGGGAGCUGCUCCUUGCCAGCCCUUUGCCUUGAAUAAAGAUCCACCUGGAAGAAGACCAGCUUUUGCCCAGGAGAACUCAAGAAAGAAGCUCUAAACUGUGGGUGUGUUCUCUCUAAGCUGUGGAAGCCCCAGGCCACACAGGACUAACCGCAGUGGGAGUCAUUCCCUCUACUGCCCUUUAUAACCGGGAUCUCUGAGGGGGGUGGUGGUGGGUAACGGGACAGAAGUGACCAUCUCCCACUUCCUGGCAGUUUGAGUGGUCAUCUCACCCCAACUCUGCAGGCCUACGUUUCUGUUAGUGAUCUUCCCAGAAGACGAUCCCCAGGAAAAAACUGUCGUGCCAAAUCUCUUCCCAUGUGGUCACAGAGACUGCCUGAAUCCCUGCAAUCCAGUUGUGAGCAUUGCCAUAAGAACAGGGUGCCCUGGACUGGCUGUCACUGCAGUGAAGGGUGUGCCCUAUGCACCGGGUCCCCUGGUACCACUUAUGGUAACAGUGUCAAGCACCAUCUCCCUCACCCCAGGGAUGUGCUGUUAGGUGCCCACUUUCGUGGAAAUGUGUCUGACGGAAAGGAUGGAGCUGCCGAGAGUCGGGAGGUGGCCCCCGCAGCCUUUGGUGCCUGGUUGUGGGUUUGCCACCUUAGAGCUUCCCCAGCCGUGGACCCCACCAGCAGUGUCUGUCAGUGUAGCUGAUCUGCACUCCAACAACUCUCUUGGAGCCCCCUUUUCACAGGCUUCUGAACCUGGCAUUCCCCCCCCCGCCCCCAUGCAAGGACAGGGAAACCCCUCCUGUGCUGUCCCUCUUGUGUCACCUGGAUGCUGCUUUAGCUACUCCAGAGGCUUUUCAUCCUGUGACAACCAAGCAGGAAAGGGUCUUUGGGGAGGAGAAGGAAUUCUUUUGUGUUCAUUUUUGGGUUUUGUUUUCUCUACAGCAGCAUAGGAUCAAUACGGGGGACAGCUGGAGGGCAUUUAAGUGCUGUGUGACCAAGGGGCGCUUUCCCUGCAGCAGCAGUCUGGGCUCUGGGAGUCUGGGAGAGGCUAGCACAGCCCCAGCUGAAACUUGACAGUGUGUUUGCUCACAUUCUCUCAGCCUUUUCUCAAGCCCCUCAGAUCCCAAGGCUUCUUCCUCCUGGGCAGGCAGUUGGCUGUGGCUAGUGGGAUCCGAUGGGACUGCAGGUGGGAACCAGGCUCUUCCAUUCCUUGGCUGAAAUCCUUUGUGAUCGCCUGUCUCUUGUCUCUUCUUCUGAUUUCUUGGGUGACCUCCUGUGUGUGCUCUGAGCUGCAGCUGGGAGGUGGGAGUGCAGCAUCCCCUAAUUGCAGUGCACACUCCUCUGCCCCACCACCCUGCCUUCCCUUGGACCAGCUGUCUCUGUACAUGAGCAUAUGGGAAAAACAGUCCCCAAACUCAGCACCCCCAACUCUCCCUGUGCGGCUCAUGCCCUGAAGUCCCUAGUGAGGGCUUGGGCCUAACAAGUUUUUUACCUUUCGCUUCUCUUUUUCUUCUGCCCUCCCCGGUCUCUGAGCUCUGAGUAAGGUCUGGGAACUGCAGUGCUCCCCCUGUUAUUUUUCCUGGUGCCAGAGUGUCCCCUGUAGGCGACAGGAUGUCCAUACCUUGUGGGUGAGGUGGGCACCUGGGUAGCCAGCUUCCAUGCACCCUUCCCUUGUAGGACUCCCAGCCCUCCUGGCUUGGUGGUGGGACCUCCUUCCCUAGCUCUGAGGGCCGCCUCCUUAACCCAAGUGCCUGCCUCUCCCUCUCCUCCCUCCCCCGCUCGCUCCACUUUGUCCACCUGAGGCCCCCAGGCAGCUAGGAAGGAGUCCCUCCUAAGGAAGUGCUGCCUCUGCCCUGGCCGUAGACUAACCUGGGCAGAGGCCCAGGUGGCUCCUGUCCUCUUUCUCAGCCACUUGCCACCUGUUCCGCCAUGGUCGGCUUCCUUGCCACUUCCUGCCUUUUCACCCUCUCCACCUGGUCUCAGGCCUGGCAGUAGCUCUUCGGUGCAUCAUCUCAGCGCCAUCAAGUUUGUUAAGCUUGUUCAAGUUCUGGAAGUUUCCAAACCUUAAAAUAGCAGUCCGUUAAUUCUCUUCUUCAAUCUGUGACAGGGAGAGCCUAUUGGAGGGAGGGCUUGGGCUCAGCCCUGUGGGUCUGAGCUUGGUUUCCCCUAAGCGAGAGGAAUCAGCAAGACAGAUCAUAGUGCCUUAUUCCAUUGCCUUCCCCUGACCAGACCCCCGGCUCCCCUAGCGUAUGUUUCUCCUUCCUCCUUGUUUGUGUCCAUCUGUCUCAAGCUCUCACUCCCAUUCACAGGUAGCCACACAGGGAGGGUUACCCCCUCCCCCAUCCUUACCUGAGGGCUGCAGCCAGGUACACAUCUCCCCUCCCCACCACGUGCGCUCUAGCAGCUUUAGCGAAGGAUGGGAAGAUUGCUUCAGGCAGGUGCACGCUGCCCCUUACACCCAGCACGUCCCUGCCUCUUACCUCUAGCCAGGAGGCUGCCACGGCCUGUUCAAGACUGGCUCCAUCUGACCCCCUUCUGGGCACUGGGGACUAGGGUCGCAGGCCUCAGCCUCAUCUCAUCCCAGAGGCACUGGGACAGGAGGAUGGGAACUCUCCUCCCUCCCAGAUGUGGGUUGCCCCUCAUGGCUGCCUUUCUGAGGGAGUGUAUAUGUUUACUUGAGAAAUACCCUGUUUACAGCCAGAGGAGAAUGGUGCCCGACUAGGUGGACAGUGACUCGGGACAGGGCCUGGCCUUUGUGGCACUGCCAGCGGUGGCCCCAGAGUGAACACAAAGGCAGAGGUGCCAGGGGCAGGCGCACUCCCUCUGCCCUCAACCCUGCGGUGCUAAGACCACUCGCCACCUUCCUCACAGCCACCUGGCCCCUGGACAUUUCCCACCUCGCAUUCCUUCUCCCCCUCCCCCCCCAUUCUUGGCUCUUUAACAUAUCAGUUGCCUCCUAGAGAACCAGUGUUUGGAGCAAUAAGGUUUUUUUUUUUUUGCUUGAGUCUUUUUGUAAGAAAAGGAAAAGAUUUGACAUUGAGGGAUUCUCCUCUUUAUGCUGUUGGCUGUUUACCUCCUUAGAAGACGGAUGGACUUGUGGGUUUCAGCUUUGGGGUAUCUUUUGGAAGCUUGGAGAAGCAGGAGUCAGGCUUUCACCCCCUAAGAAGGGGAUCCUAACUCUGCCCUCACCAUGCUCCAUGUCACCUGGACUUCCAGCCCCUUCUUCCAAGUGCACCUCCCACCCUUGAUCCUGCUGGUGGCCCCUCCACACACACAUCUGGGGCACUGGUGCCUCUGACUCUAAUGGGGCUCUUGGACUAUUGCCCUCCAUGACUCCUUUCCCCUUCCUAGGUCUGUCUGGCCCCCAGACAGACAGCUGCUGGAGUCUUCUAGGAACUGGCGACCUGACAACAGCCAAGCUUGAACUAUUAAGUUCUUCAGGUGGCAGGGCUUGGGGUUGAGGCCCAGAGGCACUGCCUCGACCAUCCUCCCACACUGGGCUGAAGCACAGCCUUCAGGACAACACAGGCCCAUCUCUAAUCCUGUCCACUUGAGCCUGGAGAGGUGCCCUCAAGGGGGGAACCAGGAGAUGUUACCGGAGGGCUGACUAAAGUAGGCAUCCGCAGCCAUCAUCAGGAGAUGAACCCAAUGUCAUCAGCUGCCCGAACGCCCCUAAGGUUACAGGGGAAAGGAGUUUAUUUAGGGAUGUUUUAAAGACAUCAUUUGUGCCCAGGGGCCUCUUUCCAUCAGAGCAGGGGAGUAUGUUCCAAUGAUUUAACAGUUGUGUGGGGCCAUUUCAGUGAGGAAAGUUUUAACCCAGGCUCAAAGUUCAUUUCAAAUACUAGUUAAUAAACCUAUUUUCCUUUAUUUUCUUUUUUUGCACAGAAGCUGGUAAUCUAGGACCUACGUGUGAACAACUUUAUAUGAGUAUUUUUUGUAUUUGGUUUACUUGGGUUGGUAUGAUACAUUCUAUUUAAGUUCCUUGAACACUGUGGAGCCCCCUAAUGUGUAUGAAUGACUGAGGCUUUGUAAAUUAAGGGACGUUUGUGUGAAUAAAGUUAUUUGAUGGGGUCAAAGAAGCCAUAUGUGAUUUGAAAA